CACAGGGACUGUGCGCUCUCUCUUCUCUUCAGUACACAUCUCACACAGAGUGGAGGAGAAAGCAGUCUGCUGCUGCUGCUGCUCGCUGGAGGAAAACAAACGCAUUCUGCACCAGCCUCAGUUCUCUGGAUUAUCAAUCAGCUGUGUACAGAGCUCUAACUGCGACAUCAUCUCGACAAGGCACACAGAUAUCCAAAUUAAGUGAAAUUGGACUUCCUGAAGUCUCAUCUACAUAGUCCAUAUGAAUGAGCAAUGCAGCAGCCGUGAGCAGCAGAUCAACUGUGUUUGUGGUUAAAUAAAGAUGUCGGCGGCUGAAAAUGGAGUCGGAGGGCCAAGCAGAGAGAAAACCUAUAAAAAGGCUAAGGAAUCCACUGACAACAUCAUCAUCGGCUAUUAAGGGAGCCAUCCAGUUGGGCAUCGGUUACACUGUAGGGAACCUGACCUCAAAACCUGACCGAGAUGUUCUCAUGCAAGAUUUUUAUGUGGUGGAGAGUGUGUUUCUGCCCAGCGAGGGGAGCAACCUGACUCCAGCGCACCACUUCCCUGACUUCCGGUUCAAAACCUAUGCCCCGUUGGCCUUCCGGUACUUCAGAGAGCUGUUUGGAAUCAAACCCGAUGAUUACCUGUACUCCAUCUGCAAGGAGCCCCUGAUCGAGCUGUCCAACCCCGGGGCCAGUGGCUCGCUCUUCUACCUGACCAGCGAUGACGAGUUCAUCAUCAAAACCUUGCAGCACAAGGAAGCUGAGUUUCUGCAGAAACUGCUACCAGGAUAUUACAUGAACCUCAACCAGAACCCCCGGACGCUCUUGCCAAAGUUCUACGGUCUCUACUGCAUGCAGUCGGGUGGAAUGAACAUCCGCGUGGUGGUUAUGAACAACGUCCUGCCGCGCUCGUUAAAAAUGCACUACAAAUAUGAUCUCAAAGGUUCCACAUACAAGCGGCGGGCCUCUCGAAAAGAACGAGAGAAGUCCUGUCCUACUUACAAGGACCUGGACUUUCAGGACCUGCAUGAAGGCCUGUACUUUGACACAGAGACCUACAACGCUUUGAUGAAGACCCUACAGCGUGACUGUCGGGUAUUGGAGAGCUUUAAGAUCAUGGAUUACAGUUUGCUCCUGGGCAUACACGUGCUGGAUACACAGAACCACAGAGAGGCAGAUGGAAGUGGAGGAGACGGCAGGCGUCCUGUAGGACAGCGGGUCCUCUACUCCACCGCCAUGGAGUCCAUCCAGGGGGGCGGCAAGGCGGCGGAGGCCGUAACCACAGACGCCACAAUGGGAGGCAUCCCAGCCAGAACCAACAGGGGCGAGAAACUGCUGAUUUUUCUGGGCAUAAUCGACAUCCUGCAGUCGUACAGGUUUAUCAAGAAGCUGGAGCACUCUUGGAAAGCGCUUGUCUAUGAUGGUGAUACGGUGUCUGUCCACAGGCCGAGCUUCUAUGCAAACAGGUUUCUCAAAUUCAUGAGCACCAGAGUCUUCCGGAAAAUUCAGACAAACCGGUAUUCUCCCACUAAGAGAGUGCGUAACUCCAUAGUCCCGAUGAAAUCGUCCUCUCAGGAGCUGCUGUCCCCUCAGAGGGAGGAGAGAGCGGAGGAUAGGGCUGAGAGACUGGUGGCAGCCCGCAGUCUUGCGAGUCUGGAUGGGCAAAUGUUUGGUUCUUAUCGGCGACCUGACCUGGUCCCAGUCACAACCCCCUAUGGCGAGCCUUCUUCAGUGGCCACUACUAUGUACGUCAGCGACAGAUACCUGCCUGCCAGGUCAAACUAUCGAUAUCCCAUCAACUCGUACUCUAACUUCAGGCUGGAGGACAGCGCCAUCUGUCUGACGUCCGAGCAAAGCACAGUGGACAUGGACCGAGACGAUGGCUCAGUGCUGGAUGUUUAUUUUUAAGGAGACAUGUGAUGAUCAUUAUCGUCUUCCUCAUCACUUUUCAUCACAUACUCUGGACGCUACUCGUCCAGGACACACACCAGGAUUUCACAGAACUGACUGCUGCUGAUGAAAGACUGGACAUCUGCCAUUAUCAUGUGGAUGAUAGGAAAGGAACUGAGAUGUUUUAAGCGUGCCAUGACGUUACAGCAGGAGCGGUGGUGUUUUAUGGCUGCAAAGAGUCUGCAGCCUGGGGCCAAAGUAUCUACAGUCAUCAAGUAGUGUGUGCGUGACCUAUUAUGGAAAAAAAACCACGCUUCUCACAGGUCAAAGCUGCUUUGUUUAGAUCAGUUUUUGUGUGUUUGCAGCUUUUUAGCUCUUUUGCAUCCAGGCGGCACACAAACAGCAGAUCAUUCACAACUUGAUUAAUGAAAACUCAUCAUCGGGUUUUGAAAUGCAAACAUGUCAUACAGAGAUGAUUGCCUUUGUUUAUAUAGCUGUGAUAUCUAGUUGACUAGAUUAAAAAGUAGUUCAAUUCUGAAUGUUUAGUUUUUUUUCAAAUACAAUACGAAGGACUUUCUCAGUAUGUCCGAGAAAUGAAUGACGUUCUUAACUGAAUUUAAAAGACUUCAAAUUUGUCCUUUUUUAAAUUAUAAGACCAAAAAUAUGACUUACAUGUUCAUGCCAUGGGUGGCGUUUGAUAAGUCUAAGUUUAAUAUCGCUCCCGGAUUAUACGCAAAGUCAGACAUAUUUCAGUUUAAACAUGUAAACGUGUUUGUGUGCAGUAGAUGUUCAGAAAUGGAGGACUUUGGAUAGCUACAGUGUAGAUCCGCAGAGGAUAUUUUGUGAUGGGUGGGGAGUGUUUCAUAUCUGUGAAUCUGUUCCGUUAGGAGAUAUAUUUCAUAUUGAAGCAUCCUGUUACGUGCUUUAUAUUAUUUGACAGCGUGCUUCUGUUUUACACAGACAAAUGUUUAACAAGUCCGUAUAAAAAUAGUCUUUUGAAUAUCACUAUUGCACCUUUGUAGAUUAUAUAAUUUAUGAAACUGCUUUCAAUAAACACUGUAUAUUGUA